GAGUCGCUCACUGCGGGUUGGAUACACAGUUCAGUUUUUAAUUAGCAAAACUAUACUGUUGUUGUUUCCAGUACCUGUAGCUCACUGAUAAAGUUUUAUCUCUGUUUUAUUUUGUUUUUUUUUUUUUUUUUGGAGAAAAAAAAUUAAAUAAAAGUUAGUUUUGUCUUCAAUUCAAGCGACUUAACUCGAUUUCGGAGGAGCUAUGAGUUUCCUGUUUGGCAAUCGCUCUUCAAAGACCUUCAAGCCGAAGAAGAACAUUCCUGAAGGCUCCCACCAGUACGAGCUGCUGAAGCAUGCGGAGGCGACGCUGGGCAGCGGGAAUCUGAGGCAGGCUGUCGUGCUGCCGGAGGGAGAGGACCUCAAUGAGUGGAUCGCAGUCAACACUGUGGAUUUCUUCAACCAGAUCAACAUGCUGUAUGGGACGAUCACAGAGUUCUGUACUGAGAUCAGCUGUUCUGUGAUGUCAGCAGGGCCCAGAUACGAGUAUCACUGGGCAGACGGCACCAACAUUAAGAAGCCCAUCAAGUGCUCGGCUCCCAAGUACAUCGACUACCUGAUGACCUGGGUUCAAGACCAGCUGGACGACGAGACCCUCUUCCCAUCCAAGAUCGGCGUGCCGUUCCCUAAGAACUUCAUGUCCGUGGCGAAGACGAUCCUGAAGCGUCUGUUCAGAGUCUACGCCCACAUCUACCACCAGCACUUCGACUCGGUCAUGCAGCUGCAGGAGGAGGCGCACCUCAACACGUCCUUCAAACACUUCAUCUUCUUCGUUCAGGAGUUCAACCUGAUUGACCGCAGAGAACUGGCACCCCUCCAGGACCUGAUCGAGAAACUGGGCUCGAAGGACAGAUAGACGGGCGCAGAGACAGACAGACAGACAGACGCUCCCAGAUUCAGCAUCCUACCUACAGUACAACCUGGUUUCUGUUGCAGAAGCUUCUGCUAAAUGUUUAGGGGGGAAAAACAAAACAAAA